AUGUCGCACGGCAUUGAGCUGAUCCGGCGCCACGUGGCGGAGUACAUCGAGCAACGCGAUGGACACAAGGCCAACUGGCAGGACAUCUGCCUCACUGCGGGUGCGUCCACCGGUAUCAAACACGUCUUGGAACUAUUCUGCAAUGAAGUCGACUGCAAGCCAACCGGCAUCAUGAUACCGAUCCCGCAAUACCCAUUAUACUCGGCUACGCUCACGGAAUUCGGGAUAGGUGACAUUCGGUACUACCUAGACGAGGACAACGGCUGGGCGCUCAACAUCUCCGAGCUGGAGCGCGCCUUCCAGGAGGGAAGGAAGACACACGCCGUUCGCGCCAUCGUAGUCAUCAACCCUGGCAACCCCACAGGCCAGGUUCUGAAACGUGGUAACAUUGAGGAGAUAAUAAAGUUUGCACAUGAAAAAAAGCUACUUAUAUUCGCGGACGAAGUGUAUCAGGCCAACGUGUACGACAAGGACAGCAAGUUCUUUUCCUUCAAGAAGGUGAUGACGGAAAUGGGUUCGCCGCACAACUGUGUGGAGCUGGCGUCGUUCAUGUCGAUCAGUAAAGGGUACACAGGCGAGUGCGGGCUGCGCGGCGGCUGGAUGGAGCUGUGCAACAUAGACCCGGCCGUACAGGAAAACCUAUACAAGGCCAUGUCUGCCAUGCUCUGUCCCCCCACCAUUGGGCAGAUCGUCGUUGAUUGUGUUGCGAAAACUCCUGCCUGUGGCGAGCCAUCCUACGAAUUGUGGAACCAGGAAAAAUGUGCCAUUCUGGAGUCAUUGAAAGAGCGAUCCGUCAUGAUCGUGAAAGCCUUCAACAGCAUGAAAGGUUUCAAGUGUAACAUGGUGCAGGGUGCAAUGUACGCUUUCCCGCGUAUUGAGCUACCGGAGAAGGCGAUAGCGGCAGCUAAGGCAGAAGGGAAAGCACCAGACGUGUUCUAUGCGUUCAAACUCUUGGAGCAAUCUGGUAUCUGCAUAGUCCCGGGCUCCGGCUUCGGCCAGCGUCCUGGCACCUACCACUUCCGCACUACCAUACUGCCGCAGAAGCCACUCCUCAAGGAGAUGCUGGACAUUUUCCAAAAUUUCCAUAAAAAGUUCGCCGAACAGUACGCGUAA